AUGGACUCUCUUUCUUGCCUUCAUGUUGAAAGAAUAAAUGCAAUCAAUGCACAAUAUGAAGAACAGUUGGCUGCACUUCGAGCACAGCAUGCCAGUCAUAGAGAUGAGUUCCUUCGGAGGGAAUCUCAUGGACGACAACAUCAGUACCAGCAGGCAAUGGACCAUUUCACUAGCACCGGCAUGGGUCCCAGUGACCCUCACGGUUAUGGUGCAGCUGUAGCACCAGGUGGAGAGCAACUUCGAACCUAUGGUGGUGAUAACUACAAUUCUUAUAGGGAGCAGACCCGAUUCCUUGGUAAUACCAGGGAUCGCGGAUUUGAGUCCCGAGGUCAAUAUCCUGGGGGUCGUGUCUAUGACACCGCCUCACGCUAUUACUGA